GCUGACAAACAUGAGACUCGUAGUGUGUGUUCUUGCUCUUCUCACUGCGUUCAGCGCUGGAGAAUGUGGGAAUGUUUUGGUUUGGUUUACAGAGGGCAGCCACUGGAUUAAUCUGAAGAUUGUUUUGGAAACGUUGAUUGACAGGGGACACAAUGUUACAGUGUUGGUUCCUGAUGCUUCAAUCUUCAUGCAUGAAAAAGAAUCAGAUCGCUUCUCCUACCAGCACUUCAGCGUGUCCAAAUCUACACAGGACAUGCAAGAUUCCUUAAAUGAUUUCUUACAUUUCUCCAUGUAUGAGAUGGAUCGGUUAAACUUGCUGCAAAUUCAUAUCAGAUUAUACCAGCUUAUUUCUAAAGAUCAACAACUGUGUCUUGCUUACUGCAACGGUGCUCUGAAAUCCCCAGAACUGAUGGACAAAUUGCUGCAAGAGAAGUUUGAUGUCAUGCUGGCUGAUCCGAUUUUUCCAUGCAGUGAGGUGUUAGCUGAAAAGCUGGACAUUCCCUUGGUUUACACAUUAAGAUUCUCCAUUGCUCACACUAUGGAGCGCAUGUGUGGUCAGAUACCAGCUCCACUAUCAUAUGUUCCUGGAGCCAUAAGCAAACUUACUGACAAGAUGAGCUUUACUGAGUGAAUCCUCAAUAUGCUGUUCUACCUCUCUCAAGAUGCUCUGGCUAUUAGUCUGUGGAAAACAAUUGACAACUACUACACUGAAUAUUUAGGGCGACCUACUUCCUAUUGUGAGAUGAUGGGUAAAGCCGAUAUCUGGUUAAUCAGAACCUACUGGGAUUUUGAGUUUCCGCGGCCAUUCCUACCCAACUUUAAAUUCAUCGGAGGGAUUCAUUGCACCCCUGCCAAGCCAUUACCCAAGGAUUUAGAGGAGUUUGUGCAGAGCUCAGGGGAUGAUGGGAUUGUGGUCUUCACACUGGGAUCCAUGGUAAACAACAUUACCAAAGAAAGGAGCAAUACAAUCGCCUCCGCACUGGCACAGAUACCACAGAAGGUCUUGUGGCGAUACGGUGGAGAGAAACCAGAUACUCUUGGUGAAAACACUAGAAUCUUUGAGUGGAUGCCUCAGAAUGACUUAUUAGGUCACCCCAAAACCAGAGCGUUCAUCACUCACGGGGGCACUAAUGGCAUAUAUGAGGCCAUAUAUCAUGGUGUCCCGAUGGUCGGCAUCCCCUUGUUUGGUGACCAGCCUGAUAAUAUGGUUCAUAUGAAGACCAGAGGUGCUGCUGUUGUCAUGGACUUUAACAGCAUGCAGACUCAAGACCUGGUGGAUGGACUUAAUGCUGUCAUUAAUGACCCCUCGUAUAAAGAGAAUGCAAUGCGUUUGUCCAGGAUUCAUCACGACAGACCAAUGAAGCCUUUAGAUGAGUCUGUGUUCUGGAUUGAGUUCGUCAUGCGCAAUAAAGGUGCAAAACACCUGCGUGUGGAGGCCCACAACCUGACCUGGUAUCAGUACCACUGUCUGGAUGUGUUCGCUUUUCUUACCACUGUCCUGACUCUAGUCCUCUACAUCUGCUUUAAAAUGGCCAAAUUCUUCAUCAUGCGCUGCUGCUUUAGAUCAAAGAGGAAAAGCAAGAAAGAGUGAU